ACUGGGGAAUCUGGCUCCACCCCAUCUCCAGCCUUCUCCUUGGGGCUGAUGGGAAACUUGAUGUGGUGAUAUGAGGUUUUGAAACCACCUGGGGAUUUCUUGGAUGCCGAGUGGACCUUAGGGAGAGCAGAGCUGGCUGCUGCAGUUACUGGCCGUAGGGAGGCAGUCGAAGUGAAAGUGAAAGAGAAACGGAUAAGAACACAGACGGCAGGUGCUAAGCGAGGGUGCUCAUAGAAUCCCCUCUUCAGCCAGAGAUCACUGGCAGGGGAACUGUGGAGAAGGCAAGCAGCGAGGAAGAGCCUGAGAGUAGCCUCCAUGGGCUCGGAGCCCAGCUGGUAUCUGCUGCUCUGUUUGGCUGUCUCUGGAGCGGCAGGGACUGACCCUCCCACAGCAGAAAGACGGUGGCAGCCCACGGACAUUGUCUUAGACUGCUUCUUGGUGACAGAAGACAGGCAUCGAGGGGCUUUUGCCAGCAGUGAGGACAGGGUUAGGGCCUUGCUUGUGCUGAAGCAGGUACCAGUGCUGGAUGAUGGUUCCCUGGAAGGCAUCACGGAUUUCCAAGGGAGCACAGAGGCCAAACAUGACUCGCCUAUUAUCUUUGAGGCCUCAGUGGACUCGGUACAGAUCCCCCAGGCGGAAGUUUUGCUCCACGCUGACUGCAGCGGAAAGGUGGUGACCUGUGAGAUCUCCCCUUAUUUCCUCCAGGCCAGACAAGAGGCCACUUCUGAGAAAGCGCACUGGUUCAUCAGCAACAUGCAGGUAUCUAAAGGGGGGCCCAGUGUCUCCAUAGUGAUGAAGACUCUAAGAGAUGCUGAAGCUGGAGAUGUCUGGCAUCCUACGCUGAAACUACCCCUGAGCCCUGAGGGUACAGUGAAGACUAAAGUGGAGUUCCAGGUGACAUCAGAAACCCAAACCCUGAAUCCCCUGCUGGGGUCCUCUGUCUCCCUACGCUGCAGUUUCUCCAUGGCACCAGGCCUGAACCUCACUGGCGUGGAGUGGCGGCUGCAGCAUAAAGGCAGUGGCCAGCUGGUAUACAGUUGGAAGACAGGGCAAGGGCAGGCUAAGCGCAAGGGCGCUACACUGGAGCCUGAGGAGCUACUCAGGGCUGGAAAUGCCUCUCUCACCUUACCCAACCUCACUCUAAAGGAUGAGGGGAGCUAUAUCUGCCAGAUCUCUACCUCUCUGUACCAAGCUCAACAGAUCAUACCACUUAGCAUCCUGGCUCCCCCCAAAGUACAACUGAACUUGGCAAACAAGGAUCCGCUGCCUUCUCUUGUCUGCAGCGUUGCUGGCUACUAUCCUCUGGAUGUGGUGGUGACGUGGAUUCGAGAGGAGCUGGGUGGAAUUCCAGCCCAAGUCUCUGGUGCCUCCUUCUCUAGCCUCAGACAGAGCAUGAUGGGAACCUACAGCAUUUCUUCCACGGUGACAGCCGAGCCAGGCCCCACAGGUGCCACUUACAUCUGCCAAGUUGCCCACAUCUCCCUGGAGGAGCCCCUUGCAGUCAGCAUGAGGGUUUUGCCAAGCACAGAGCAGAGAGGAGCCUUUGGAGUGAUCGUGGCCAGCAUUGCCUUCCUUUUGGCACUGCUGCUCCUGGGAUUUCACAGACGCCAAGCUUCUUCAUCAAGAUCCACCAAGGCCAUGAGGCACUCUGGAUAGCCACUUGCCUGCCUCUGAGUACUAAGUACAGUACUCAUGUUCUGACACCUAAAGGACCCUGUGUUGAGGUGUGAGCUGAGAUGGGCCUGAGGGCAGCAGCACAUUGGGAGUGAGGUACUGGCCCUCAUUUGUACAAGUCUCUGCUCCCUGUACUAUUGAGAAGAGAACCCUGGGCUGAUGAAAAGGGACAGGACAAGAGGAGGGCAGAAAUAUCAAAGCGGAGGCUAACGCCAUCUAUGUGAGGUGUUAAGAAACUGGGGGUGGGAGGCUGGGCACAAGGGAGGGUUACCUAGAAAGGGCUCUUGCUUCUCAAAGGAGAAGGAGGAGUGGGCUGGGGCUGGGGCUGGGGGUGGGGGUGUCU